GCAAGAGCAAAACCUUGUGGUUGUGGUUUGCAGUUGCAGACACAGCCCGGCAUCUUCCAUCUUUUCUCUGUGGACUUUUUUACGUGUGCUGUAAACCUUGCUGCCCACUUGUCAUCUCGUACUACUCCAGACACCUUCUUCCCCCUUCAAAUUCAAUCCUAAACUCAUCAGGGAGUAGAGAUCACUGUCAGAGAUGCAAAAGCAUCGAAGAUAGUAGAGUCUUAGAGACAACAAGUGGGAUCUUUAUCAAUAAAUACCCUCCAUUUUUUCUUGCCAAUCCGUCUUCCAUUAUAUUUCUCUCCCCUUCCAACAAAUCGUCUCGAGAAAGAGGAGGAAGAAUCGAUCUUUUGGUGGAGUUUGCAAUGGUGAAGGGAGGGAGGGAGGCGCUGCUGGGCGGGUACGAGAUGGGGAGGACGCUCGGGGAGGGCAACUUCGGCAAGGUGAAGUACGCGCGCCACCUCGCCACCGGCGGCCACUUCGCCGUCAAGAUCCUCGACCGCGGCCGCGUCGUCUCCCUCCGCGCCGGCGACCAGAUUCGCCGCGAGAUCGCCACGCUCAAGCUGCUCAGGCACCCCCACGUCGUCCGCCUCCACGAGGUUGCUGCUAGCAAAACUAAGAUUUACAUGGUGCUUGAGUUUGUCAAUGGAGGUGAACUGUUUGAGAGAAUUGCAGUAAAGGGAAAACUAUCAGAGAAAGAAGGAAGGAGGCUUUUUCAGCAGUUAAUUGAUGGUGUUAGCUAUUGCCAUGAUAGGGGAGUCUACCACAGAGACCUCAAGCCUGAGAACGUUCUUGUGGACCAAAAAGGCAACAUCAAGAUCUCUGAUUUUGGUCUUAGUGCUUUACCUCAACACCUCGGGAAUGAUGGAUUGCUGCAUACUACCUGUGGUAGCCCCAACUAUAUUGCUCCUGAGGUUCUGCAGAAUAAAGGAUAUGAUGGAUCCUUGUCAGAUAUCUGGUCUUGCGGAGUAAUCCUUUAUGUAAUGCUUAUAGGAUAUCUUCCGUUCGAUGACCGAAAUAUUGUUGUUCUGUAUCAGAAGAUUUUCAAGGGUGACACUCAGAUCCCAAAGUGGCUUUCACACAGUGCACAAAAUCUUCUUCGGAGGAUUCUUGAACCCAAUCCGAUGAAGAGGAUCGACAUGGCAGGGAUCAAAUCACACGAAUGGUUUCAGAAGGACUAUAUUCCUGUUCUUCCAUAUGAUGAUGACGAUGAAGAUGUACAGUUUGGGGCACGUCUUCCUGCCAAAGAGCAAAUCAAUGAUGAGCCUGGAGAUAAGAAUUCUCAUCAGAUCAACGCUUUCCAGUUGAUUGGAAUGGCAUCAUCCCUUGAUCUUUCAGGGUUUUUCGAGGAUGAGGAAGUGUCCCAAAGGAGGAUUAGAUUCACAUCAACGCAUCCACCCAAGGAUGCCUUCGACAAGAUUGAAAGCUCAGCGACGGAGUUGGGAUUCCAAGUUCAGAGGGGGCACAGCAAGCUCAAAUUAAUGCGCAAUUGCAAGGGAUCAAAGAACCCUGAGUCAUUUAUGGUGUCCGCCGAGGUUUUUGAGCUUGGCCCUUCUGUAAAUGUUGUAGAACUUAGGAAGUCCAACGGAGACCCUGCACUGUAUAGACAGCUCUGUGAGAGGAUCUCCAGUGACAUGGGGGCGCGCAACACGGAGCAGAUCUUCGCAACGGCAUCGCUUGAGGAUGAUCUUCAGAACAGCAAUGCAGGGACGCCGCUGUUCGCUUUGUAACGAAUGCUGUGUUCUGCAAAACUGCAAUGUUGUAGGAUGAUCUUAGGCAAGAGGAUGUGUAGGAACAUAUUUGGUCAGGCAUUUGGAGAAGAGAUAAGACUUGAGAGGGUAGGAUCAUAGUAGUAUAUGAUACAGUGUACAGAACCGAGUGGUUCAAAAACUAGCCACCGUUGUAAAGAGAAAGAAAGGAAAGAUGAAAUAAAAGAAAGAAAUAAAUUGCCUUGACUGCUCCUAUAA